AACUCAAGUUUUAAACCAAUCGCAGACGUGUUACGUGUACAGCUGAUUACCGGUACCACCUAGGUACCCGUGAAUGAAUAGCAUCGUAUUCGUUGCCAAGGAUAAAACUUAGCAGCUAUUGGGUAUCGAUACCUCACCUUCACACUUUAUGACAAUAUGAAACCUUCGUCUUUUUUAUUAUUUCUGGGCUCACUAGUGGUCUGCCUCCUAGCGCAAAAUACUUCAGCUCAAGGACUUGAAAAUCUGAGAUGUCUCAUUUGCAAGCAAAUAGUUCAAGACCUACAACAGAUAAUAACGAAAGUUGACCCCAAAAAGAAAGUUGAAGUGGGCAGUUAUCGAUUGGAUGCUGAGGGCAACUCCAAACACAAUGUGAUUCCCUAUGCAUUAUCUGAAAUGCAUAUAAGUGAUUCCUUGGAAACAGUCUGUAAAGGAAUAGAUGAUUAUGUGAGAGCAACAAGAAAAGAUUCAGGGGAGCUAGUACUAUUGAAACUUGUAAUUGAUGGUAAAAUGAACUCUGACAUGUCAGAAGUUGACAUCAUUCAAGAUGGUGAUCUCAACAAAAGUUUGAAAUACUAUUGUGAUGGAAUAGUUGAAGAAUAUGAAGAAGAUAUUGUUAAAAUGUUCCAGAAGAAGGAAAAAUCAGCAGAGAACAAAUUGUGUCAGGAUGUUACAAAGUUGUGUAAGCCAAUGGCUUCCAUCCAUGAUGACCUCUAACUUCAUUUCCAUAUACACCUGCAACUGCCAAUUGACAAUAUUUUUCAAAUUAUAGAGUUAUUUUAUCUA